CUUCGAGUGAGAUACGUAUCCGAAACGUAAAAAACGAAGAAAUUAUUAUAUCAGAAGCUCAGUUAAAUAAAGUCCUGAACAGGCAAUUAGAACAUCAUAUUUCAUAUGUUGAAAAUUCGAAAGUACUGCUUAUGCCUUAUCUAAUCCACACCAUUAGACAAUUCGUUACUUAUUUACAGACGGACGAUCCCGGAUUGACCUCUUUUACACACGCAUUCGAUCUGUAUAAAUUGAGUUUAAGAUACGAGUUAAACGAUUUAAGAAAGAAAUGCAGAUCAUUUAUCAUUCGCCAAAUAAAUCUGCAUACCGUCUGUUCAAUCCACGAUUUUGCAUGUGAGAUCGAUGAUCUAACCAUAACUUAUUAUUGCUGGCUAGCUAUCGACCAAUUCGGAGAAAGACUACUUACAACAGUCGACUUCAUAUGCUGUAAAAUUGCAACAAUUGAUAGACUGCUAUCUCGAGCGAUAUAUGAAUCUGUCAGUGAAUUGCGUUUACUCGAAGCUGUGUAUCAGUGGAGCAUAGACGAAGUUAAAAGAAAAUUGGGUGCCUGCUGCUUCCUUUCGAUGAAUGAAGAAUCGAAAAGAAACGUAAUAAGAAAUGUCAUGAAGCCAUUUAUUAGAAAAGUCAGAUUUCUUGCCAUGAAUGAAGACGAAUUGCGAUCUUGUGUUUUUAAAAUGAACUUGUUAAGCGAAGUAGAAAAGAGUCAUAUCUGGCAUGCUUUUAAGUAUGGUUAUUCUUCCUUGUAUCGUAGUUACUUUAGUCGAGAAACAAAAACCAGAAGCAGAAUAAAUUAUUUUAGCUUGUUCUCGUACAUAAAUCGUGGAGUUCCUUUUAUGGUCGCAAACAGUAAGAUGGAAAAUUACAUAUGUUUUAGCAGCGAGAUAGUUGUGAGUGAAGAUUGUUACGUCACGGCUCUUCGAUUUCCGGUGAAGCUGGGCGAGUGUUUUCGAAUGUGCGUAAACGGGUAUAUUAACUCUUUGGACAACAAGCAGUUUUCGUUUGACACCGUUUGCGAUAAAGACGGAGUAGCAAAUCUGCUAACGAAGUUGUAUCUAGAAAAAUAUUGGAAAAUUUGUUUAUUUGCUUUCUUUUACCCCGCUGGAAAUGUCCAACCAUAUUUCGAGUUUUCACCUGAACUGAGUUACUUUGUGAGCGACGAAGGAACAGAUGCCAGGAAAUUUGAAGACAAAAUUCUAACCUGUGACAGAAACCUUAUGAGUAAUAUUUAUUUUUCGGUUGAUUUAUAUUUUUGAAGUCAAAAGUUUCCCUGGAAAAAUGUCAAAUGUAAACGAGAAUAUAAUGUAAAGUUAAUUCGAAUAUGAUUAUUUCUUACUGUAUCGCUGUAAAAUUUUCGCAAAAUGUGUUUGUACGUAAACGAGGUAAAGAAUUCAUUAGAUUUAGAGAACACGAAAUUUUAAUUUAAAGUGCUUAUUAAUGUAAUUUUUCUUUCUGAGAUUAAAUUGUCAACGCCGUGUUCAGUUAUUCCAUUAAGACUUAUUGAUUUUGUAUUCAGGUUAUUUUAAGGAAAUUAUAUGUACAGGUACAGAACUAUAUAUCUGUACUUUUUAUAUUAACAUCAAGACUCAUCCCGAUUACUUCAAUCUAUUACAAGUAACACGUUCAGAAAUAUAGAAUAAUCUUUAACUAAAUUUCGUGAAAACCGUGCGUCGUAGUAAUACAUUAAAAAUUGCUUAAUGUUUAAUAAGUAUCCCACGAUAUUCAAUCGCACAUGACUGUAACUCCUCAUCAAGAAACACUUAACUUCAUUUAUUAAUUCAUCAAGCUGUUAAAAUGUUUGGUAUUCAGUUACUGUAAAUAAAUGAUGGUCCAGUUGACACUGAAAGUUACAUCACCGAACUGUUUAAAGUUUGUCAAUGUUAUAGAAAAGUUUUCAUGGUUCAAUUUGUUACUGUUUUCUGUCACCAUCGUCGAAGAAAAUGUCUUGUGUAGUAGUUGGUCAUUCGUCUUUCCGAAGCAGAAACACUGUUUCAUUUGUCAUAACAUUAUUUUUAUUAUUCUACCUCGUCUAAUUCAGCUAUUUAAAACACAGAAAACUGUACUUACCAAGCGAAAAGUGUGCAUAUGAAAGUGAAGUCACUGAAAUGAAGGAAAUCGAAAAUUUAUUUCCGAUAAUUUCUUGUUUGGCAUUCUUUACCACAAUCACUGCCGUAAUAUUUUUUUCAGAUCUCCGUAUACUUCGCGUUUACUGAAAAAUCAAUUGUGAAAAUUGCCUUCUGUGACGUGAAUAUAAUACUAAUUAUGAUAUUUGAAUCGACUCAAAUAUUCUUUAUAUUAUUCUCUAUCGGGGCGUUAUAUUAUAAAAUAUACGUGAUACUACGACACCUGAGCCAGAGACUAUCUUUAACCUCCAUUUACGUACGAAAAAAACAAUUUCGCAUGGAAGAAAUUAUUGUACUUCAUUGGGGUUUGUGGUAUUGUAUUCAAUGUAACAACGAAACGGGAGAUUUGUAUCUAGCAGCAAUUUACGCAUUCUACGUAUAUUUUCCUCCUGUAUUUAUAUCAGCCCCUUUAUUGAUGAAUCUGAAUUGGUUUCUUCUUAUGGAAAUUAUGGUCAAAGCUGUAGUAUUAUUCACUGUUAAUUUCGUGUUUGGUUUUUUUGUUCAGAAAUUUACUUCGGCAGUAAAUAAAUGUUUGAAUCAAGAUAUUCGUUAACACACAAAAGUAGAUAAAUCGAUUCUAUAACAUAGAUAAACAUUCUAAUUUAUAA